AUGUCUUUACAGGCUAAUACUCUUCAACCAUAUUUGGAAUGUGUUCGACGUACACUUGAAGCUUCAUUAUGUAUUCAACAAUUUGGAUCUCAAGUAGUUGAAAGACACAACAAACCUGAGGUUGAGGUUCAAACAAGUAAAGAAUUACUCAUGACACCAGUAAUAAUAUCACGUAACAAACAGGAGCGUGUUCUUAUUGAACCUUCAAUAAAUUCAGUACGUUUAAGUAUUGGUAUAAAACAAGCUGAUAAUAUUGAACAUAUAUUAUGUAAAAAAUUUAUGAAAGUUUUAUGUCAAAGAGCUGAUAAUUUUAUUGUACUUCGACGAAAACCAAUUGAAGGUUAUGAUAUUAGUUUUCUUAUUACUGCAACUGAUAUUGAACAUAUGUAUAAAUCUAAACUUAUAGAUUUUUUAAUUCAUUUUAUGCAAGAAAUUGAUAAGGAAAUAAGUGAAAUGAAAUUAGCAUUAAAUGCAAGAGCAAGACUAUCUGCUGAAGACUUUCUUAGACGCUUUAAUUAA